AUGGCUGCAUCCAAACUCCCAACCAAGGCUCUCGGCCGCAACGGCCCCCUUGUCUCUACAUUAGGCUUUGGAGCCAUGGGCCUAAGUGCCUCCUAUGGAUUUGGCGGUUCCGACGAAGAUCGAUUCAAAGUUCUUGAUCGUGCUUACGAACUGGGUAGCACCUUUUGGGAUACCGCAGAUGUUUAUGGCGACAACGAGGAGUUGAUUGGUAAAUGGUUCAAGCGUACGGGUAAACGCGAUGACAUCUUCCUCGCGACGAAAUGCGGUGGUGUAUACAAUGCCUCUGGAAACUUUACUAUACGUUCAGACCCGGAGUAUGUGCGAGAAGCUUGCGACAAGUCGCUCCAGUUGUUGGGCGUAUCCCACGUUGAUUUGUUCUAUCUCCAUCGCCUUGAUAAAGAAACUCCAGUCGAGCUGACAAUUGGUGCUUUGGCUAAAUUGAAAGAGCAAGGCAAAAUCCGACAUCUGGGACUCUGCGAAGUGUCUGCAGAAACACUUCGACGUGCCCAUGCCGUGCAUCCAAUCACGGCCAUUCAGGUCGAAUACAGUCCCUUUUCGGUAGACAUUGAACACUCUCAAGUCGGCCUUCUCAGCACAGCAAGAGAGCUUGGCAUUGCCGUUGUGGCCUACAGCCCGCUCGGACGGGGCAUGUUGACAGGGGAGAUCAAAUCGCCCGACGACUUUGCCGACGACGAUUUCCGAAAGUAUCUCCCGCGCUUCUCCAAGGAGAAUUUCCCGAAGAACCUGGCAUUGGUGGAAAAGCUUAGCAUCAUUGCCGCGAGCAAGGGUAUCACAUCGGGGCAGUUGACUUUGGCGUGGCUGCUUGCGCAAGGAGACGACAUCUUUCCUAUCCCUGGCACUAAGAAGAUCAAGUACUUGGACGAGAAUAUGGGAGCCGCCAAUGUCACACUCACUAAAGAUGAAGAGGCGGAGAUUCGCAAAGCAAUUGAUGAGACAGAGGUCAUUGGAGGCCGAUACGCGGACGAGAUGUCGGGCCAUCUAUUCGCUGACACCCCUGCUCUUUGA